AUGGCUGUCGACCCAUCUCAUGUCAACCCUCUCCACUGCGAUUCUGUCUCCGAAGCAUGCCCAGUGAAGGCUUCCAUCUAUGGCUAUUAUCCUAUUCUUGCCUGCAAUGCCUUCUUUGCGGCAUUGUUUGGCAUCUGCUUCAUCAUCAACAUCGGCAUGGGCUGGCGUUAUCGCACUUGGAGCUACAUGUUUGCGAUGGGUCUUGCCUGUGUCGCGGCUACUGUCGGUUACAUUGGUCGAUGUAUCAUGCACAAGAAUCCUUUUGACGACGUCGGAUUCGAAAUGCAAAUCUGUUGCCUCACUUUUUCACCUGCCCUGAAUUCGGCGGCUCUGUACCUCAUUCUGAAGCAUCUAGUCUUGCAGUUUGGUCGAGACUGGUCAAGAAUCCGGCCCAAGUACUACACGUGGGCUUUCAUCUCGGCGGAUAUAUCAGCUCUCAUCUUGCAAGCGGCAGGUGGAGGUAUUGCAGCUACAUCAGGAGACAACGAAAGCCUCCGAAACGUCGGAGACCGCCUUAUGAUCACCGGUAUCUCAUGGCAGGUCCUGACGCUUCUCCUCUUUGCCAGCGCUACUGCCGACUACGCGAUACGACGCUUCAGAUCAUCUGAGCCGCUAUCUCCCUCCGCUCAACCUCUUCUGCGUGACACGAAAUUUCGAAUAUUUCUAGCUUCUAUCAUCGUCGCAUUUCUUGCAAUAUUUGUUCGGUGCGUCUACCGGAUCGGAGAGAUGGCUGGCGGUUGGCGCAACCCUAUCAUGCAGGAUCAGACAUUGUUUAUCGGCGCAGAGAGUUGUAUGGUCGGCCUUGCCACGAUACUUCAAACACUCAUCCACCCCGGAAUCUUCUUCCCGGCGCUUGCAACCUAUAGAGAAAGAAAGAAGAUGAGACCAGAAAUGGAAGGCAGUGGCAGCUCGGUUGAGAAGCCCACUAGUUCGGUUUAA